AUGGAGCUCGGAUUCCGCUCGACUUCGUCGGAAGAGAUUGACGACGAUUCUGAGAGGACAGUUGAACGGGCUGUUGCUGAGCCCGAGUCAGGGAAUGAUGGUGCUGAGCGUGCAGAUGAACGGGCGAAUGAAACGGAUGAGACCCCGACAGCUGAACCAACGGCUGGAGGCGGCACUGAAGCAAUGACACCUCCAGGAGUGGAAGCGGCUAUGCUGCGGGAAGGUGGCGAGGGAGAAAGAAAUGAGUUUGACUCAGAGCACGGCGACUUUGAGAAGGAUUUGCAGGCUCUAAACGUCGCGGAGGAGGAUGGGGAGAACAAUCAGGGGCGUGAUCAAGAAGGGAUGAACGAUAAGAUGGGUGGUGAGGAGAAUUUUGGGAACGUCGCCACGACUGGGGAAAAGCAACGUAGCACGAAGGCGUCAUCCUCGCCUGAGAAAGCAUCACCCGCGCGUGGCCACAUAGAGAGCGGCGUGCGGCGCGCGCAAGAGCACCACGUGGUGACGCGGAGCAGCAACAGCCCUCUCACUCCUGCCGGGGCGCAAACGCCGCAAACGGCGGAAGUCAAAUCCGUGCAGACGCCUGCCACGCAGCCGCCGCAGCAGACGCAGUCCGGGCUGACGACCGUUCCUGGAGUGCCGAUUCAGCCCCCCCUUCCGUUACAUGCUCCGGACGGAGCGCUGGUGUCGCUCGUCCCCGCCGCUUCCGAGGACGGCCAGCUCCAGUGGAUCCAGCCGCCGCAUUUCUUGGCGGCGCCGCAAUUUAUGGGCGGAGCGCAAUUCAUGGGCGGAGCGCAACUUAUGGGCGGGGCGCAACUUGUCGGCGGGGCGCAAAUUGUGGGCGCAUCUGGACACGGCGGAGGGAUGAUGCCCGCAGGGCCGGUUUCGUUCUUCCGCGCGUCAUCCUUCGCUGCGCCUGUGUCCGCGGCAACGGGUAUUGAGGGAACCUUUAUGGGAACCGAUGGAGUCAACGGAGUCAACGCCACCGUGCGCGGCGUUUCCGGGGAUCUGUUCGGCGGGAACGCGGGCGACGAGAUGAUAGAAGGCUCGUGGGACGAUCUUAUCAUCUGCACUCCCACCGGCGGGUUUCCCGGCGGGUUUCACGGGCAGAUGGGAUGGGGAGGCGAGCGAACGAGCCGAGGAGGCCGCCGCACGCAGCUAUGGGAGGGCGACCCGCAGCUGGUCUACCGGCUGCAACAAAGUUACCACACAGACGACUCCGCCGCCGAGGUGAAACCCGACUUUUCAACGAUUGCCAUCCCCGGCGCCGAAAACGCUGCAAUUAGAAGCGAAUCGAUGAGAGGCGACGGAGACGAGGAGGGGGGAUUGCCCGCGGAAGCUCGAGGCAAUCCGGAGACCGCCACGCCCCCAGCAAUCAUGGGACCAGAGUCCCGGGAUGCCGUACAGUCGACGGCGACAAUGGAGAGUUAUCGAGAAAAUAUCGCGAGCGGUCAGUUGCCGCUGCACGUGAAAGUGGAGUUUCCGACGCCGUCGCCUAGAGGCGGACUAGCUUCCUCGUCGCCCAGCAAUCGCGGCGGGCUGGGGUUCUCGUACCACUCGCCGAUCCCGCUGUGCUCGCCGUCGCCGCUGCGACUGUGUGCGAUGGAGCUGGGCGACAUGGCGGAGCCGAAUUUGUGGCUAUCGCCGCCCGCGAGCACCAAGUACACGCUCGACAAGCUCGGCGACUUCCCGCCCUUCUCGCCGCGGCUUCCGGCGAUCGUGCGCGGCUACAGCGCAGGCAAGCAAUUCAUUCGACUCAUACGUCGUUUCGUGUGUCUGUUGGUUGGGUCGUGUGUGGCAGCAGCAGCCCUACCGUACCUGGAUCCCGGCGCGCACCAGCAGCCUUCCAGGAUGUCGCCUUCCAAGGGAGAGCCCCCCGGAUCCGUCCCCCCAGAAUCCGCCCCGCCGCAAGCGCCUGGCGGACCAACCGCCGACAGCGCAGAAAAUCCGGCAGUUUCCGCUUCCGCCAUGGUUUCCGCCGCUCCCCAUUCCGGUUCACCGCGGGCAGCCAGGCGGGGAACGGCGGAGGAGGAGGGAGACGCUGCGCGGGAAAAUGGUCAGGCUGCGCGGAGGGAGGACGAGGCGAUUGAUUUAGCGGGCGCGAGGCGGGAGAGUGGGGCGGCGGGAUCGGCGCGAUUGGUUAAUAGCGGUUCGCCGGGUAGCGGAGUGAGGUACGGCGGGAUGCGCGGGCGGUCGCUGCUGCAGCAGUGCCUCAUUAUGGGCGCGGAGCAGCGCGCCAUUCGCGCCGUCUCCGCCGCUGGCGCCGGUGGUACCGCUGCUGCGGGUGCUGGCGGUAACGCUGCUGCUGUUGUUGGCAGCAGAUAUGAUGCUGGUGCCGGCGGUAACGCUGACCCCGAUGUUGAAGGGGAAGAGAAGAAUGAGCAGGCGGAAAAUGCUGAGAAGAACGACAAGAACGAGGACGAGAGGGGCGAGAGGUCUGGUGGUGAUGCAGACGACCGUGCGGCGGGUUCGGGUCCGUCAGUGUUGAGAUGGAGAGCGGUGGGGUGCGAUGGCCGUCGGCUUGUCGACCGGCGUGACGUGCGGUCAGAGCAGGAGAGGGCGGCUCUUCGUGCUGCAGACUCGAAUGCCCCGCACGGCUCUGCUCCACCGCUUUCACCUCCGCAGGAGGCGCCUGGAGAAUUUGUCAGUGCAGCUGGUGCUGGGGUUCGUGCCAGCAGCGAGAGGGAGAUGAAUGGUGGUGGUACAGAUUUUCCCAGCACGGAAAUGCGUGGGCACGAGUCUCAGCAGCACGUUGGUGGGGCGUCGGGCGAGGUGUUCCCUCGCGAAAGCGAGUUUGCGAAUCAUGGCGACCGAUUGUCGCGAGCUGAUGUUACCACGGGAGGGAGGUCGUUCGUGGUUGGCUCGUUAGGCUCAACACUUACGGAACGCGUGAGUGUACUAGAUCUCGAGAACAAACAAACAACGCGUGCGGACAAUAGCGAGGAUGGCGCAACCGAAAUUGCGAAUUCUGACGUACCCAACUCCAGCGGCAACAGCCGUUCGUCGUCGAAUCUCGACAGUGGAGGCGCGGAGUCGAACGACGAAGGAACCGGUGAGGACGGAUCGGGAGUGGUGGAGAAGGAGGAGGGCGCGCGAGAAGAGGACGGGGGAGAAAGCAGGCUAUCAGGAAGAGUUGUGGCGGCGAGCAGCGCUAAAGACGGCGAGGAUCGGCAUGAUACGAACCCGGGUGAUAAGGGUGACAAGGGUAAUGGGGGCGAUGGGGGCGAUGGUGACAAUACACGAGCUUCGCAGACUGAACGAGCGGGGCUAACGGUAGAAGAAGGUGAGGCGUUGAAAUCCCCCGCGCACGCGCAGCAGCCGUCAUUUUUACCGGCGGGCGCGGAACGUAGGCGCGCGGAGCGUACGGGCACGGAAAGGGAGGGCGCAGAAGGUAGAUACGCGGAAAGCAGCCCAGAGAAGGGCUCCGCUGGCUUGGUGCGGCCGCAGCCGCGUAGGGCGCGGAGCGGCGAUGCAAUCUCUCCGUCCUUCUCGAUUCCCGCUUCCCCGCUUUUCGAAUCGCCCCGCUCGGCGGCUUUUGAGCGGAAUGCGCCCCGGUCCGCAGGCGAAGAGCGCGCGUCGGCGCAGGCGCCCCUGCUGCAGCCUGCAGCGAAUGUGCGUCAAGUGCAGGCUGCGGCACAGUCACAUUCGGGGAAGCACCAAGAGCAUGGUGAAGCGGGGGGGCCGGUUUUCGAGUCGACUUCACAAUUGAGUGGCGGGAGUGAGGCGGGUGGGAGAGGUGCGCGUGAGGAGGGCGUGACGUCAGACGAACCAGGGGCGAAGCGCACCAAGUCUCAGCAGUCUGGGGGAAUUGGAGUGAAUGCAGGAGGCGGAGGCGGGGGAAGAGGUGGGGCUGAUUCGGGGAACAGACGUGGUACGAGCGGGACUGCAACAGCGGGUGGGAGUGGGUCCAUUGUUCCUUGGCAUCCCGGCAGCUCACCUGCAGCUGUUAAUGGGCCUGCUUGUAUGGGGUUUCCAGUGUACUCGCCCCAAAUGCCCCCCAUUGGCAGCUUCUUUGUAAUGAGCCCUCUCACACAGCAGCAUAUUAGUCCCAUGCAGCAGCAUCAGCAGCCGCAGCAGAUUCAGUUCUCCCUGCCGCAGCAGCAUCAGAUCUACCCAAUGGCUCCUCAGCAAUACUACGCUCUCCCGCCCCAGCAGCAGCAGUACAUACGCCCCCCGCCGCAUGCGCAAUCCCCGCCUACGCGCCUGCCCCCACCAAGGCCCCUCCCCAUGGUCGUGCCUUCUCCCCUUGGCCACACCUCCCAGCGGCUCUCAGGCUCUCGUGGGGUGCACGGGCAGCGCGGGCAACAUGGCAUGGGUACAGGGGGUCCUGUUGUUGCCGUCGCACCAGGAGCGUACUCCCAGCCUGCUGCUGGUGAUGCUGCGGCUGCCAGUGGUGCUACCGGUGGCGCUGGUGCUGGUGCAAGUGGUGCUUCCUCAGGUGGUGCCUCUGAAGGCCGGGAACGGGGAGGAGAAGGGGGAGGGCGAGAAACAGGAGGCGAGGGAGAGCGAAGGGAGGGAGGGCGAGGGGGGGAAGGGCGAGCGGGCAAGGUGUCACGAGGAGCACGAACCCCGUCCCCUCAAACCUCUGCAAGCGCAUCUCUGCGUCCUUCCCCCUUGCAGCCCCCCCCUCCCCCUGUCUACUCCCCUGCUGUCGCCUCCUGGUUGCCCUUCGCCCUGCCCCCUGCUGCCUCUGCUGCCCCGGAGGUGGGUAAACUACCUGUUUACCCUGUGAAGCCUGGGGUACACAAGGCACGUGUUGGGAUGUGGAAUGUUUUACCGGAUGGGCAUUCGUCACGCGAGCAGCAGCAAGCAGAGGGACAGCAGCGGCAGCAGCAGCAGCAGCAGCAGCAGCAUCAGCAGCAUCAUCACCAGCAGCAGCAGCAGCAGCCGCCACAGGCGCAGGUUUUUCAGCAGCAGGCGGUGCUGGUGCCAAGGCCAACGGCAGUGCUGGGAAGUCAACCACAGAUGCGAAUGGCACCGAUGGUCGCACCUGCACCACCACCGGCAGUAGCACCACCACAAGCAGCCACAGGAGCAGCUGCAGGAGCAGCAGCAGCAUCCCGGCCAGUGUCUCUGGCGCUGUCUCUGCAAAGCACCAGCAGGAGCGGUGGUGGUACGACUCUUCAGUCCCUUGGGCCUCAACCAGUACCCAGGCUCGGCACUGCUGGGGGUCAAUGGGCUCCCAGAUACUCCCAGCCGACCGUUGCUUCUGGGGUGACUGCCCCCAGUGGAUUUGCUUUGGGCGUGCAAGUAACGCCCCCUGGUGCGGUGCAGAGUGGUGCCGGAGGUGUUGUGCAGGAUGGUGGUGUGGUGCAGAGUGGUGGAGGGGGUGUGGUGCAGAGUGGUGCGGCAGGUGUGGUGCAGUGUGACGCUGCAGGAGAGGCAUGGAAGCAGAAGCAGCUGCAGGCGCAUGAGCUGAGGCGAAAGAGGGUGGUGAAGAUGCAUCAGCAACAGCAACAGCAGCAACAGUAUGUGCAAUCCCCCACGCAUUUCCCACAGUUGGCUGACUUGCAACAGCAGAUUCAGAAGCAGCAGCAGCAGCAGCAGCAGCAGCAGCAGCACGUGCAGACCCAGAGGCUCCAGCUGCCGACUCAGCAGCAGCAGCACCGCCGACCAUCACAGCAGCAGCCCGGGCAGUUGCAUGGGCAACAGCAGCAAGGGCUUCUGCAGGUGCAGCAGCAGCAGCAGCAGGUGCCAAGGCUUGUGGUGGGUGUGAAGCAAGAGAUGGUUGAGCAGGGCAGGAGCGCAGACUGGCACUAUCACCCACACUCACAGACAGCUAGGCAGGGAGACAACCAGGGGCUACCUGGCAGGCAGGGGCAAGCAACCCACACGCAAGGGCAGGGGGGAGUGGGGGGAGAGGCAGGGGCGGGGGGGGCGCAAUGGGGGGAGGGAGGGGGAGGGCAGCAGGCGGGCAGGAAGGAGGGAAGUCUGCGGCACCUGAAGAGGAAGAGGGCGUUGAAAGAGGUGGAGGUGGAAAGUGGGAGAGGGUCGGCUCUGAGGGCUUGUAGCAGCGAAGGGGAGUCGGGCGGUGGGGCUGCUUAUCAGCAGCAUUCGGGUGCUUCUCAGCAGAAUGUGGGUGCUUAUCAGCAGAAUCCGGCUGCAUAUCAGCAAAAUCAGGCUGCUUAUCAGCAAAAUCAGGGUGCUUUUCAGCAGCAAGUUCUUCCUGCUUAUCAGCCUAUCCUGCCGGCUUAUCAAAACCAGCUGCCAGCUUAUCAGCAGCAGACUCCUUAUCAUCAAAAUCCAGCUGUUUUUCAGCAAAUUCCGACUGCUUAUCAGGGCCAACAGGCGGUUGGAGGGAUGGAGGCAGGUGGCAUUCCCUCUGACGUCAUGGAGGGGAGAGAGCAAGAAGAUGACGUCAUGAACAUGAACAUUGAGUUAGAAGGAUUGGGAGAUGAGGGCAUGUGCGGCCUGGGGGAAGGGGGGAUAUGUGGCAUGGGGGAUGGGGGAGGAGAGGGGGGAGAGCGGGGGGUGGGGGGAGGGGAGGAGGUGAAAGAAGCAGUGAGCGUGGCAGCAGCAGGGGUGGUGGGAGGAGCGGAAGGGGAGAGAGAUCCCCCUGUGAAGUCGAGGUUCAGGGGCGUGAGUCAUCACAGGCUGACCAAGCGGUGGGAGGCGUCGCUAUGGACCAACAAGAAGCAACUCUACCUGGGUGGAUACGACGCUGAAGAGAAAGCAGCACGGGCGUAUGACAUAGCAGCCCUGGCGUGCAAGGGAGCAGAGGCAAUCACCAACUUCCCAAGGGAGAGCUAUGCGGACAGCAUUGGGGAGUAUCUUGGGAUCUCCUGCGAGGCGCUCAUCGCGAAACUAAGAAGGGAGAGCUCGGCCUUCUCCCGUGGUCGCUCCAAAUUCCGCGGGGUGUCAGGGCAGGAGGGGCGGUGGGAGGCGCGCAUCGGGUCGUAUUUCGGGCGGCGAAACGUGUCUUUAGGCGUGUAUGAGACGGAGGAGGCGGCAGCAGAGCAGUACGAUCGCGCGCUGAUCAUUCAGAAGGGGACAAGGGCCAAAACCAACUUCUGCAUUUCCAAAUACAUUGCCGAGCACCUGCAGCACCGCCAGGAGCAGCAGCAGCAGCAGAAGCAGCAGCAGCAGCAACAGCAGCACUCUCGCGACGUCCCCGCCCCUCAGCAGCUCCGUGAGUGGUACUCGCAGCGUCAGCGUGGUGGGGCGUUCGGUCCCUGCACCUACGUCCUUCGCACCGGCGACCGCGCGGGUGAGCAGUGUGGGGGCACCCAAACCGCUCGCCGCUGCUUUGCCCGCCUGACCGACGCUUGGCGCCAGCAGUUUCCGGAGGCCUCUGAGAUCCCCCGCUGGGGAGAGCUGUCUAGGGCUGGUGUAGCUGUGUUUGAUCUUGACUUUGAUGCUAUCCUUGCUGCCAUGUAUCCUGUGACUGUUAGUGAUGAUGGUGACUGUUACCGGUGCUUUCCGCCCGACCCGGGCAUUGGUACUGCUGUGUCAGGUGCCAGUGAGGCUGCUGCUCUAGGUGCCAGUGCGUCUGUGCUCUCAGGUGCUAGUGAGUCUGCCCUCUCAGGUACUGUGUCGCCUUCUGCCUCCCACACCUUCACCCUUGACUCUGGGGCGUCUCGCUCCUUCUUUCGGGACCGCACCACUCUCACGCCGCUUAGUCGACCGGUUGCGGUGUCCCUGGCUGACCCCUCUGGGGGUCCUGUCCUGUCUCGUUUCUCCACAGUCCUCCCGUGUCCGGCGGCUCCCUCUGGCACCCUGACUGGUCUUUACCUCCCCUCGUUCUCUACGAACCUGGUGAGUGGUGCUGACCUACAGGAUGUGGGGGUCCACCAGUUCACUCCUGCUCGUCAGCGGGUGACACACUGCACAGAGGCUAGCACAGGUCGCCACCUGGCUACGUUUACACGUCAGCCAGGGUCGAGCCUGUACACACUGACCACUGCUUCUCCUCCCGGUGCUGAGUCUGGUAGAGUCCCUUCGUCUGGUCAGGUGUUUGCUGCAGCGUCCAGGUCUGGUCCUGAGUCUGCCCCCUGUUCGUGUCGCCGUCUGUCUCAUGAGACUCUCCUCUGGCACCACCGCCUUGGCCACCCCUCUCUGCUUCGGCUCAGAGGCAUGGCCUCCCGUCUUCUUGUGUCUGGUCUCCCCCGGUCCCUCCCUCCCCUUCCUCAGGGCCCUGGCCCUGCCUGUGUCCCCUGUGUCGAGGGGCGCCAGCGUGCUGCCCCUCACUCCUCCCAGUUUCCUCCGACAGAGGCUCCGUUGCAGACGCUUCACAUAGACGUGAGGGGCCCUGCCCGCGUCCGUGGACUCGGUCACGAGCGCUACUUCCUGUUGGUGGUUGACGACUACUCGCGUUACACCACAGUCUUCCCCUUGCGCAGCAAGGGUGAUGUCACUGAGGUGCUGAUCGACUGGAUCCGCGCAGCUCGUCUCCGGCUCAGGCAGAGCUUUGGCUCGGACUUUCCUGUGUUGCGUCUGCACUCGGACAGAGGCGGAGAGUUCUCCUCUGGCCUUCUGCGUGCCUUCUGUCGUGCGCAAGGCAUCCGCCAGACCUUCACGCUUCCGGACUCACCGCAGCAAAAUGGGAUUGCAGAGCGCCGCAUUGGCAUGGUCAUGGACGUCGCUCGGUGGCAGUUCUACCACCCCACCUCUCGAUGUGUUCUGUCCUCCCAGGACGUCACGUUCGACGAGUCGGUACCCUACUACCGCCUCUUCCCCUACCGCACUCCUUCCCUUCCCCCGCCCCCGCUCUUCUUGGUACCAGGUCCCCCCCCGGUAGACCCCCUCCCCCCUCAGGGUCCUGCCCCUUCAGGUGUGUCCCAGGUAGACGCGGUCGAGCCUGUCGAGGUUACUGGUGACUCUGGUGCUACUGCGGGAGCUGGGCCUGGGGGUGCUGAGCCUGGGGGUGCGGAGUCUGGGGGUGCUGAGCCUGGGGGUGCUGAGCCUGGUGGUGCUGAGCCUAGGGGUACAAAGUCUGGGGGUGCUGAGCCUGGGGGUGCUGAGUCUGGGGGUGCUGAGCCUGGGGGUGCUGCGACUGGGGGUGCACCGCCUGGAGGGGCCUUGCCUGAGGGUGCUGAGCCUGGAGGUUCUUCGCCUGGAGGUUCUCCGCCUGGAGGUGCUUCGUCGCGCCGAGAGCCACUCUCCCCACAGGAGCUGCGUGAGUGGUUUGCCCGGCGCUGGAGGCGUACUGCUGGUGCUGGAGGUUCUUUGGCUGCAGAGGGUGCUGCUGCCGCGUGUCCCGGAGGGUGUUGGUGCUGA